CCCUUCGCUUCCGCUCCGCGUUCCCACAAUGCAGUGCGGCUGAGCGCCUCCGAGCCCGCCGGGACGCUGCGGGGGGACCCGGGCUGAAGCGGCGGCGGCGGCGGCGGCGGGGACGUGGGCUGCGGCGGGCCCGCGGCGAGGGGCGGUGCGGAUGUCGGGCUGGGCGGACGAGCGCGGCGGCGAGGGCGACGGGCGCAUCUACGUGGGGAACCUUCCGACCGACGUGCGCGAGAAGGACCUGGAGGACCUGUUCUACAAGUACGGCCGCAUCCGCGAGAUCGCGCUCAAGAACCGGCACGGCCUCGUGCCCUUCGCCUUCGUGCGCUUCGAGGACCCCCGAGAUGCUGAAGAUGCAAUUUAUGGAAGGAAUGGUUAUGAUUAUGGCCAGUGUCGGCUUCGUGUGGAGUUCCCUAGGACUUAUGGAAGUCGGGGUGGGUGGCCCCGCGGUGGGAGGAAUGGGCCUCCUACAAGAAGAUCUGAUUUCCGAGUUCUUGUUUCAGGACUUCCUCCGUCAGGCAGCUGGCAGGACCUGAAGGAUCACAUGCGAGAAGCUGGGGAUGUCUGUUAUGCAGAUGUGCAGAAAGAUGGAAUGGGGAUGGUUGAAUAUCUCAGAAAAGAAGACAUGGAAUAUGCCCUGCGUAAACUGGAUGACACCAAAUUUCGCUCUCACGAGGGUGAAACUUCCUACAUCAGAGUUUAUCCAGAGAGAAGUACCAGCUAUGGCUACUCACGGUCUCGGUCUGGGUCAAGGGGCCGUGACUCACCAUACCAAAGCAGGGGUUCCCCACACUACUUCUCUCCCUUCAGGCCCUACUGAGACAGGUGAUGGGAAGUCUUUCUUUAUUUUCUAGGUGAAUUGAGCUGCUUUAUGCUCAAAAUCUACAUUCCAGAUUGAUGAUUUAGUGUUAGGAAAUUUUUUUAAUUUUUUUUUAAAAGAAAUAAAACUACGUAAUUUCUACCAGGGCCAUAUUAGCAGUAAAACAUUUUAAACUGCAGAGAUUGUGGUUUUGGUUCAGAAGCAAGUUGUAUAUUUUUCACCUCUGAUUAUGGGAAACAAAUCAGUGCUGUAUCUGUGGGUUGCUCUGCUAUGGAGAUCAGCAGUUACUGUGACUAAGUCGGCCCAUUCUGUUUAGAAAUAUAUUUUAAACGUUUAGUAAUUGAUAUGUGUGGUUGUCCUUGAUUAAGUUCAUAAAUUUCACCCAGUAGGAACACUGAUUCAAAAAGAAAAUUGCUGAGUUGUAGUGGAAGCUUGUAUCCAAUUGGUUAAGGAAUAGGAGUGGAAAGCUUUAUUUAGGGAUAAAGAUAUUUACUGUGAUGUGGUUUGAGAAUUCAACCCCAACGGCAGGUUCAAGGUUUUUUUAAUAACUGAAGGUCAAGCUUGUAACUUAAGUUGCCUUUAAAAAAAAAAAAAACAAAAAAAAAACCAGCAUUGCAAAUAGGUUCAAUGAAUAGAAACAUUCUUAACAGCGUAAAGGUUAUUGGGAAAUUCUUAGCAAAAACCAACUUUGGCAGUUUGGUUAAGAAAAAAAAUCUCUUAGGUUCUGGUUCUGUCACUUUUACCUGUAAAUCUGUCUCAUUUAUCCUUGGCAUCUGAGCUUUUUAAAACAAAAGAAACUCCAAAAUCCCACUAUCUUAUUUUUUAAUGUAGAACUAGGGUAUA